AUGGCUGAUUGGACAAAUGUUGCUGAUCUCCUGGGUGAAUUAAGUGAUAGCGAUGAUAAUGAAGAGGAAAAAAAGCCCGAUGCUAAAGAGAGUUGCAUUGAAACUUCUGUUAAUGAAACAUCGCAGUCAUCGGGUUUGAAACGAAAACUUGAUCAAGAUAUUAGUACAGAUGGUGUGCCGGUCAAAACCAGCAAGGGAGACUUAUCCAUUCAUGCCAUCGAAUUAUUGGACGAUCCGCUCUUUGGUUUACUGGAUCCUACAGAUUUCACUGCUGUGGAUGCUGUCUCCAAAAAGUCAUCUUUAAUCUCUUCCUCUGCUCCAGGUUCAUCGAACUCAAAAAAUGGACUGAGUGUUCACUUUGCAGAGAAUGUCAAGGAUAAUGAAAGGCCCUGCAUCAAUGAAGGAGUAGAAGCAGGGCCUAGCACACGAGAUUCUCCAGAAACCGAAAAUUCCGACGAUGAACAAAGUGAAACUGCUUUGCAGCCAAGAAAAUUAAGUAAACAGGAUGAAAUCUUACGCCAAAAAAUGCAGAUAUUGGUUGCUAAUUUUUCUGCUGAACAGCUGGCCCGUUACGAAUGCUUCCGACGCUCAUCUUUCCCAAAAAGUGCAAUUCGAAAACUCAUCCAACAGGCAACGGGUGUCACUCCAGGGCAUAAUGUUAUAAUCGCCGUCGCGGGACUUGCCAAAGUAUUUGCUGGAGAACUUGUCGAAGAAGCAUUGGACAUUCGUGAAAGAAUGGGCGAGGAGAGUGAGCCAUUGAAACCACAUCACAUUAAGCUAGCAUAUGAUCAGUUAAGAGAAAAGGGCAAACUUUUCCCACCGUAUGGAUCUCGUCCAAAUCCUUUCCUGUGA